GGCCAAGGGAAAUAAUUUUUGAAGGCUAGGAAUGUUUUCAUUGACAACUUUGAAGUAAGAUUACUAUAUUAUACGAAAUAAAUAUUAGUAAUAUACGAUAUAUAUAGUUUCUAAUAGAAGUAUGAGAUUUUGGUAAUUUUUGUAAAUAUCAGCUCGGUAAGCCAUCAGCUCGACUAAACAAAUGGUAUCAUCUACCCACACUUUUCUGCAACAUUCGUUAAAAAAAAUAUUUUAAUUUUUAAUGGGCACAAUUUUGAGAGAGUUUCAACGACUCAGUGCACGAUUUAUAAAGAAAUUCCGAAUUAUUUAUAAAUGUAUAAAUUUUUAAUAACUAAAAUAGUCUAUAUCAAUUAAUCAAUUAAUAUAUUAACUUAUAAGUCAUUUUCUUCACUUCUACUAUUACUAGAAGUAACCGGACUCCCGCCCCCCCCCCUUUUUUUGCCCAACCACUUCCCCCACUUUCACUAUUCGGGAACCCUCAGCGCCCUGACUUUCUGCUCCCCUACCACCCCAAACCCGAAUUUUGAAUGACAAUUCCUAUCACUUUCUGAAUGUUUGCAAUGCUCAGUAAAUCAAAGUUUCUGUUUACAUGUGAUAAUUCAACAAAACUAAAACAUCACAAACGGAACGCAUGACAUUUUUGUGAUUCUUUUCUGUUACCGCAUCUUUGGUGAGAUAAUGGGAAGCAUAAUUUCUAUGUACAUUCAAAAUCCAUCAAAAAUUUUCUUACCGCUGGCGCAGUUUAGUGUUAUUUAUAUAAUUUACUUACUUUGGGGCUAUCAUGAAAUUACGUAACACUAAAACAAUUUUUUACCAUCCCCCACCCCUUCAUUUUUUUAAAAAAUAAUGAAUUAUUCCGCUUUACUAUUCUUAUCAGCACUGAGUCAAUACAAAGACUGUUAAAAUGAUAAAGCUCAUCAUCUACUAGCAUAUCAAUGGACUUUUAUAUGACCUUUACGAUGGCUGAGACUUUGGAAAUUCUUAAAUGUGGUGUUAAGUUUGAUCCGCCAGCCCUAGUGCUGAACUACAAAGACAGAAAGACGGGGAAGCUGAGGCAACGCUCAAUGCCUCUGCGUAACUUCAAUAAAAACACAGGCAUUGAUCACUUUAUGGAAGAUCUAAAAUCCAAUCCUCGACAUUCUAAAUUUAUAAGACUACUCUCACCAGCACAACUUGUUCGUCUUUUGACAAUAGUAAAAGAUAAACUUAGUGGUUUGAGUUUAGAAGCAAGUAUUGCCCGCAAUGAUGCUAUGGAUUCACUAAACCCUGAGGAAAACUUGAAUAAAGUUGACCCUGAAACUCUCCAGCGGAAAAAAUUAGUGAUGGAUUCAUCUUUUGAGAAAAAAAGAAAGCGACCAGGAGAUCCUGAUUUUCAGUACAAUAUUGAGGUAGAGUUUGACACUGCUGCUGUAGAGACAAGUGGCUGGGAUUCUGAUGCAUCUAAUCCUGAUUUUUAAAUUGGUUGACAUUUCAUGUUUAUGGUGCUAUUCAAUGUUGCCAAACUUGUGUUUUCAAAUAUCCAGCAAAAUUAAUACUGGUAAAUAGUAAACCAAAAUGCCUUGCAAAAUGAUAAUUAUUUUUCUUUUCGCAUACAGUUUUUUUAAGCCAUUGUUAAUAUUAAUUUGUCUUUAACAAGUCAAUCCUAUCUUUAAAGAUAGGUCAUUGAUAACUUAAUUCUUACAGAAUAAUGCAGAGGUCUGUAAACGCUGGGCCUAUUGUUGGAACAGUAUAUGGUAUUCCUAUGUUUUUGCAGUCCCACUUUGCUUGAUGGCCCCUGCAUUGCUGUGACAUGCAUCCCCUAUCCAAAUUACAAAAGGAACUAUAUUAUCGACUAUAGAAUCUUUAUUUAUGUUUACUUGUACUUAAUGUCGGUCCAGUGUAUAAAAUAAUUCUUAAUUAUAUAUAAAUACAUGACACCUGGUGGGUUCAGGUUUAGGUAUUGCCGGUACCGGUAUUAAAAGUGUGACCCACAACACCAUAAACAAAAUUCUUAUAUGUUUUCAUAUCAAUAUCCAAUUUCAAUGUACAUUUUUCAUGCAUGCCUCCAGGAACUGUCUUCCCUCUUCCAAACAAGAUACAUUAUAAAUCAUGCUUGUGACGUAAGUAGACAUGCCAUCCCAGCAUACAUGCAUUUUAGAAUAUUAAAUUUGUCAACAUGUUCCUAAAUAGUAUUUUAUGUGUGAGAAAUACAAAAGUAAAAUAAAUCAAGUUUAAUUGAAAAAAUACUUGGAGAAGGAUGUGACCCCAACUUUCCCAGGGACAAUUACACUUCACCAAAUUGGUCCAUCAAUAUAUUUAAACAGAAUGUGUUCAUCCUUCCCUUAGUCUGAGAUUUUUACUAUGUGGACCUUAAUUAACAAAACAUAUUUGUCAACUCUUGCUUUAGUUUUUUUCAAAAUAAUUUUGUCAUAAUUCCAUCUAAAAAGAUGUCAGUUGUAGCUUCUUUUUUUUUUAUUUUAAGGAAAUAAUCACAGAUUAUAAAUAUUGAACCCAUUCUUGUUCAGGUCCUUAAAAAAAAAAAAAAAGGCAGUUUUUUUUUUAUUUUUCAAAAUAAUUUUUUCAUAAUUCCAUUUAAAAAGAUGUCAUUUUUAGCUUCUUUUUUUUUUAUUUUAAGGAAAUAAUCACAGAUUAUAAAUAUUGAACCCAUUCUUGUUCAGGUCCUUAAAAAAAAAAAAAAAUGGCAGUUUUUGUUUUCAUCUUCACAAUCUCUAAAAUUGAAGAAUUGAUACCAAGAUUUCUAGUUUGGUUGGGGGGUGGAGUUUAACAAAAUUAAUAUGGGAAAGAAAAAAUGUCAAAUAACCGACAUUGGAAUAUUAAGAAUUCAAACUGAGGAAAUAGUUAUAGGCGUACUUAAUUUUAUUUUUGAGCAAUCACUGGAUUUUUUUUUUAAAUUUGAUUUGCUAUAUCGUAUAAGGUAAUAAAAUUAUACUUUUAUAUUUAUGGCUAAUAUUUAGAUGUUAAAAGAAUGAAGCAAAUGAGUGUCAAAAAUAUUGUGGCAACUGUGGCUAAGCAGCCAAAAGCUUGUUCAAUUUUUUAUAGCACACAAUAUUACAGCAAGAAAGAAGCAAGUGUUCUACUGCUACAGUGGAUGUAAAUGGAUGAAAGACUGUUGGAAGUUUUCACAAGUGGGGAGACAUCUGGCAAGAUACUGACAGAGGGUGUGGUCAACAACAUUUUGAUGAAGUUACAUUUUGACAUGUCAUAGGCCAGCGCUAUGAUGGAGCUGGCUUUACUUUUGGCCAGCAUUCUGGAUUAGCUACGCUCAUCCUAAACAAGUGAGAAAAAAAAUUGCUGUCUACAUCUGGAGCAAUGCACAUCAUUUGAAUGAUAUGUUGCAUUGAAAACAAGAAAACGCUUUGCCUUCUGGAGGAUUCGCACACCUUUUUGAAUAAACAUUGCCGACAUGCUGUCUCCCAGCAUUCCCAAAAUUAGUUUUGCCAUCUUAUGCAAUGGAUCGGAAAACAAAAUGUUUUUUGAUGUUAAAAAGCACAUAAAAAGGAAACAAAUUUUUCAAUUUAAAAAGGGCUUUGUCAAAACUGUGUAAUAUAUGAUUAAUGUGGAUAUUAAUAAUCUUAGGAUCGGUCCAGGAUUCUAAAUAUUUAACACUGGUUUCUCUAAAAUUGUUAUCUCAUAUUUAUUUUUAACUAUACACGAC